UAAUGUGAAAUAUAAUUUUUACAAAGAGUUAUUAAAUUGAUUUUGGUUUUAAUUAAAUAACUAAGGAAUUUGAUAUACAUAUAUAAUCUAUUCCCUCAUUUGUGUCGGUAAUAAACAAUGUUCACAAGUAGUGAUAACUCUGGUGUCAGUGACAACACCGACAACAAUAGUGCUCACAAACAUAAGUCAUACUAUAAGGACAAGUCGGCGCUCAACCUAUCACUGAAUUUGGACAAAAUGGAGAGAGUAUUGAAGGGAAAGGCGGCCAUCGCUCACAAGAAAUUCAGCGACUUUAAGGAGAAGGUUCGGGUCGAGGCCCUCGAGAUGGAGAUCAAUCGGUGCGACGAUAAUAAGCGGCUGAAGCAAGUUCUCGGCGGUUGGGCUUUGAGUUCGUCCCAAAUGCGCUACUUGUCGACCAAACCUUACGUAUAUAACGCGAGCGCAGGUUCCUAUCUUGAACUACUCUUUUUGCAAACUAUGGAUUUGGUUAUCACAAUUCAUCCCGAUAUGGAUGAGUCCGUGCACUAUCACAGUGACAGGUCUGGCCAUAAACAUAAUUACAUCACUCACUGUAAUAUACUAUUCACCUGACGCUAGAAGCGAGGUGACCUGGUGGGCAUUUAUAAUGUGUUCAUUGGGUGUAUUUCUAUACCAAACUCUGGACGCAUUGGACGGCAAGCAAUGCUAUAAAG